UUGAUAGUGAAAAGUUUCGAACGCAUUGCGCUACACUCUGUGGUUGCUUAAUGGCGAAGGUUAACAUUUGUAAUGUUGAGGUUCUGGACAACCCUGCUUCAUUCUUUGAUCCAUUUAAGUUCCGUAUAACAUUUGAGUGUCAUGAACCUCUAGAUGAUGAUCUAGAAUGGAAGUUAGUGUAUGUUAGCAGUGCCUACAACCCAGCUUUAGACCAGACAUUGGAUUCCAUCUUAGUUGGUCCAAUUCCAGUUGGUCGUCAUCAAUUUUCUUUUGAGGCUAAUGCUCCUGAUCCAAAAAUAAUUCCUAAUGAAGACAUUGUUGGCGUAACAGUUGUGCUUAUACAAGCUUUGUACAGAGAUAAAGAAUUUAUACGUGUUGGUUAUUAUGUUAACAAUGAGUACAAAACAGAAGAAUUACGUCUUGAACCGCCGGCUGAACCUUUACUUAACGAACUGGAACGACAUAUAAUAGCUUCAGACCCUCGUGUUACUCGCUUUCCAAUUGACUGGGGUGAUGGUCUCUUAGAUGGGUGCCCAGAACCAGAACAGCCUACAGAAGAUAACGAAGAGUCUAAUUUACUGGGUAAUGAAGAACAAGUGGAAAAUAUUUCUCAACUGGAUCAGGAAAAUGAGGAUCAAAAUAAAUUGGAGCCAUCUAGUUUUUGUGAAGGUCAGUCUGGUGUACAGUUUAUAGAAAAUACAUCGUGUAUGCCGCUCCAUCCUGUCCAGUCAUCAAAUGUUCCUGUCGACACUUUCUGAACUCCUUGAUAAACAUUACUCUCAAGAUUGCAUUUUAUAAUAAACUUUUAUAUCAGAAUGUAUCACACGUCUAUGGUGAUAUUGCUGUUGAAUGUUCAACUUGCUAUAUUAGGUAUCGCUCUUUUUUAUGCCUACAAGAUUUAUUACGCUUUAUAUUUUUCUAACUGUACAAUUGUUCGAUGUACCUAAUAACAUUCUAAAUUUA